CUACACACUCACAAUGGUCCCUUCACACCCACAAUGGUCUCUGUACACCUACAAUGGUCUCUGUACACCCACAAUGGUCCCUGCACACCCACAAUGGUCCCUGCACACCCACAAUGGUCCCUGCACGUUCCUGUACACCCACAAUGGUCCCUGUACACCCACAAUGGUCCCUGUACACCCACAAUGGUCUCUGUACAAUGGUCCCUGUACACCCACAAUGGUCCCUGUACACCCACAAUGGUCCCU